GGUGGGAGUGUCCUGAGCCAGCACUGAGAUGAAUGACUUGUUCAAGUCAGAGAGAAAUAAGGCAUAGCACUCGGCAGAGGUCUGCUCAGCUCAAAGCUCAAAAUGCCUGAGUUAGUUAAGCUGCCACUCAUCCUGCUGUAAGUGGAAAGUGCUAGACGAGGACAUAAACAUGUUCAGGAGCAGGCACUCGAGCAAAAGAGAAAGAAUAUGGGGUUUCUACAUCCUCAUGCUGUACACCAACCCCCUCUCCUGUCUGGCAAAUUUCAGUCAAGCAAAAGAGCUCAUCUAUAAGAUAAAGGAGGGAUUACCCAAGGGGACUUUCAUCGGGGCUAUUGGAGUGGACUUACAUUUGGAUUUCACAGUUGAGCCCCCCUUUUUGUUUAGCCUCACUCAAAAGAAGGUCACUGAACAGUAUGUAAACAUAAAUAAUACUACCGGGGAGCUUUACACAUCCACUGCUGAGAUUGACAGGGAGACCCUCUGUCCUUACAGCUCAGAGGAGCACGGAUGCUUUCUUUCACUGGACGUGUUUGUGUUGCCUCAGCAAUACUUUCAGCUUGUCAAAGUGAAGCUUUUAAUUGAAGACGUGAACGACAACAGGCCGAAGUUCCCCACAGAUGAAAUCUGCAUGUUUGUCCCAGAAAACACACCAGUCAAUGCCCGUUUUGCGGUGGAGCAGUCCGCUGUCGACCCGGACCUUGGGAUUUAUGGAGUUCAGACCUACUGGCUGGUUAACGACUUUGGUGUGUUCACUCUGGAUGUUGAGGAGAACGAUGGAGGUGAGCUUACACCAUUUCUCAUUGUGACAGACUUUUUGGACAGAGAGACGCAAGAUGAAUAUGUUACAGAUAUCAUAGCAGAAGACGGAGGGACCCCUCCCCUACUUGGAGCUGCUACUUUAAAAAUUGCCAUCACAGAUGUAAAUGAUAACUGCCCCAAAUUUACAGAGUCACAAAUUAAUGUCACUCUGCACGGGAAUACCAGCAAAGGGGCACAUUUGGCACAUUUGCAUGCUUUUGACCCUGACCUUGGUGCUAAUGCUCAGAUCAGCUACGCUUACAGUGAACGUGUGCCAAGGGACACCAGGAGCUUGUUCCAUUUGGACAAAAUUACAGGCAGGAUCAAGCUAGCUAGGAAAAUAGACUCUGUCACAGCCACAUUCUACAAACUGACUGCUCUAGCAAAUGGACCCGGCUGUAUCCCUGCUGUUGCAACUAUAACCAUCUAUGUCAGCAAAGUGGUUACAGGACCCCCUGCUGUUAUACCUCGGUACAUUGCACCUGAAAAGGAUGGAGUGGUGACGUUGAAGGAGUCUGAACCAGCCUUUUCUCCAAUAGCAUUUUUUACCAUCAAAAACAUGGACAAAAACCAAAAGGUUGACUGUUAUUUGGAAGGAUCCGGUCCCUUCAACCUUGUCCCAUAUCAGCAGUUAGAGAAUGAGUAUUUACUAGAGACUACAGAGACUUUGGACUAUGAAACGACACAGGGAUAUGAGCUUAUUGUGGUUGCUAACAAUACUCAAGGUCAAGUCCUAAAGACCUUCCUGAAAGUGCAAGUUUUGGAUGAGAAUGACAAUGCGCCAGUGUUUCAACAGUCUUUGGUAGAAAUAUCAAUUGAGGAAAACAAUUCACCAAACAUCUUCCUAACCCAGCUCCAAGCCUCUGACCCAGACAGUGAAAGUCGAGGGGAGGUAAUUUACAUCCUUGGGGGUGAUACUCCUGGGAUUUUUGUUCUGGAUCGUCUCACAGGGGUUUUGACUGUUGCUACAUCCCUUGACAGGGAGGAAAAAGAAAAAUAUCGGUUUAUAGUUAGAGCAGUGGAUCAGGGGACGCCCAGGAGGGAGUCAAUUGCUACAGUGGUAGUGACUGUAUUGGAUCGCAACGACAACAGUCCACGUUUCAUUAAUAAGGAUUUUACCUUCUUUGUGCCGGAGAACUUUCCUGGGUAUGGGGAGAUUGGUGUCCUCUCUGUAACAGAUGCUGAUGCUGGUAAAAAUGGGUGGGUAGCUCUGUCCAUCAUUAACGGCAGUGACAUCUUCAUGAUAGACACUGGCCGAGGUGCACUGAGGGCCAAGACUUCUUUGGACCGGGAGCAGCAAGGAACAUACAACCUGUGGAUUGAGGCAGCUGAUGGUGGGGAGCCAGCAUUGUCCUCUGUUACCAUGGUGACUGUGCUCUUGUUGGAUGUCAAUGACAACCCGCCAAUUGUCCUCUUCCCUCAGUCCAACCAGUCCUACAUGCUACUGCUGCCCAGUACAACACCUGGAACAUCAAUCGCAGAAGUGUACGCAGUGGACAAAGAUACGGGGAUGAAUGCUGUGAUUGCCUACAGUAUCAUUAAAAGGAAAGGUGGUGAGCCAGGGUCAUUUGCCAUUGACCCAGAAACAGGAAACAUAACAUUAAAGAGAGAGCUCAACAACAGGGGGCUUUACAGCCUUCUGGUGAAGGUUAGUGAUCAUGGCCAACCUGAACCACUUUACUCAACGGUCAUGGUUAACUUCUUUGUCAAUGAAACAGUGAGUAACGAGAGUUACAUCCAUAGUCUGCUGACCAGAGAGAUUGACAUAGAAAUUGAAGAGAAACCCUGGUACGUCGGUCAGAUGACAGAUGGGCCUGAGAGGUAUGAGCUGUUUCCCUGUCGACCUGUCCUCAUCGCUCUUUCAGUGGCAUGUCUGGGGUUGUUUUCCCUGGUUGUCAUGUUGACAACCUAUAUAUGCUGCAAGAGAUUCAAAAAGAUCAGGAAGAAAAGCUCAGAAGUGGAAGUACCUUUAAAAAUGAAAAACGGCUCAACACACUUUUUGAACAGAAAACUCAGGACGAUGUCCCACAUCUGAUAAUCAGUUUUGCACACAUCCAAAUACUACCACUGUUUACGUGAAUGUUUACAACUAUAACUGUAAGAAGUACAGCUCUCACAUGAAGUUGCUCUUUUUGCUUUGGCCAUUUUAGUAUUAUUACUGCAACACGUCCAGGACGGAAGGGGCUAAGUUUGUAAUUUUAUUUUGUCGUCCUGUUCAUGAUGCAUUUGUAUUCAUGAUUCUUUACAAUUAAUUUAAAUAUGACGCAUCAGAAAAUGAUUGGCAAGAGAAUGAUUACUGCAUUCUAGCAAAGCAGCAAGAGCAACUGAUUAGAUGACUGAGUUCCUUUGUAAAUAUUGUAAAAACUGUUGUACAACUUUAUGUAACAUUUUUGCACUGGUAUGAAAAUAGCAAAAGACACGUAUCAGCACCAGGGGUCCAAUCUCUUGAAUCACUUCAAGAAAGGAUUCAUCCAUUGUGGUUGUCAGUGGAGGUUUGAGAAAUUUUGAAAUAUUUAUUUUUCUAAGAAAAUGUCCAGGUAUGUUCACAAGGCAAAAAUGUAAUUUCUAAGCUUAAAUGUUGUGAAACACACUGGUUGAGAAAGCAUUCUCUCGGAAAUCCUUGAUUUGUGCAUUUUCAAAACUUAACCAGAGACCUGGCAGGCUUUUCCGGGACAAUCAGGCUCAUUGUUUAGUUCUAGGUCGGUUGCUUUGGACUGCAAUGAGUUAUAUGUCAUGCAUGUUAAAGAAUAUCCCAGAAACGAGCUAGCACGGGGUCCUUAUGGGUUUUUUUGUUUUGUCAAAAUCUUGUCUAAGCACCGUGAGUAAAUAUAACAGACUUCCAAAAGGGAAACCUACCUGUAGUCAGUUAUAUUUAUAUCACAUAAAAUCCAAUCCAAUACAGCUAAAAGUUCAUUAAAGAUAAUAAAUGAAACUGUUUCCACAAUUUUUUGUCAUACAUGUGUCUAACGUUAAAUGAUGUCACUCUAAUUUAAAGAAUAAUGCCAUUAUUAAUGUGUCUGUAAAAUAUGCUUCAAGUGUUUGAAAGAGAAAAUCAGAUAAAACUAUUAAAGAUAUUUAUUUUUAUAAUAUUUUGGAUAUUA